AUGGCUGCAGUAAGUAGACGAUCCAAAGAUGGAAGCAUGCUAGACUCUUUCACCUUUGCAACGCUUGCGGAUCGAGUGGAGCUACCGCGGAUCCGGAAAGACUUUUCCCAGCAAACUUUUGCCAAAUUAAGAAAGGUUGCCUACCUUCCCCACAGUGAUCGUAUUAUCUGGCUCGGAUACUCUGAGGGACGUUGCGUAACUCUGUGGAAGAGAAGCGAUGAGGUUUCCGAAGUCGUGGAGCCAUUCGACGAACUUUUCAGAUUGGAUCUCGAUGUGGAUCCCUCCGAUAUAUGUUCGCUUUCUUCUGAGGUUACCUGUGCGUCACUCUCUGAUGGGCGUAUAUUAGUUCUCAACAAUAAAGAUGACCAACUAAAAAAGGUCAGCGAGUUUUCUAACGUCCAUGGCAGAGGAAAUUCUCGAGUUCUUUGUGAAUUUGACAGCAAUGAUAUUAUUAGUGGAUCGUCCAAUGGGUCUCUUGCUAAGGUGGACAUUGAGACCGGGAAUAUCACCGUUAUCUCAAAGGGAAAUUCUGGUGUACGCUCAGUUUGCACUCUUUCUGGCGGUGCACUUCUUGCUUCCGGUCAUUCUGCUGGUCACGUUUUGAUAUGGGACUGCAGAGUAAAGCCAACGAAACCAUGUAUAGUAUGUGUACCAUCAAAACGACGACUUGAUGCAGUCACAACCCUCACGAACCAUCCUGCUCAAGCAAGCUUGUUAUCUUUCGGAACCGAUCUUGGUACCGUUGGAUUUUGCGAUGUGAGAGGCGUUGCACAUGAUCUGGUCACAAAUUCGUUUGACGUCGCCACUACGACAGUUACACAGGUCUCUUUCCAUCCGGAAUGUGGUGACCACCUUGUAUGUGCAUCAGCAGAUGGGAGUUUAGUACACUGGGAUGUUUCUUCCGUCAUUACCACUAACAUUUCUUCUGGUACUCGUCAGUCACCGUGGCUGUCCGAAUCGCUGAGUCAGAACGUAGAGUUGGACACGCUACGGUGCCCCUGCUUCGGAGCCGUGAAUGGGUUUGCCAUUAAGGGCACAACUGUCGUAGCUGCGAUCGACAUGUGUAUGUUGUACUCAUAUGAGAACGUCUCUUUCCCAAUAGGGUCUCGCUCACGUACUUAA